CAGUCGCUCAGUCGCAGCAGUCGAUCGAAGAAGUAGUAGUCGCAGGCCAGCCGCCAGUGAGAGAAACGAAAGCGAAGCGCUGCGAAAGUCGUGUGUUUUGUUUUGUUUUUUUGUUUGACUCACUUGACACUUGACAUUCACGUGCACGUGCAGCAGCAGCAUCCGUGUGCCGUGUUGUUGUUCCCAUUUUUGGUUCGGUUUUUUGGGUGUGUGCGCGCGCGCUCCUGUCGACCUCAACUCGACCACAGAGAACUACUACUACUACUCCUCCUCCAAUCAACGCAAACCCCGGUCAACGCAACCAAAAUGGCGCCCCGCAACAAGGAACAGGAGGCCGAGGUGCUGCAGUGGAUUGGCGAGGUGCUGGGCGAACCGUUGCCGGCCGGCCCGUACGAGGACGUGCUGAAGGACGGUAUCGUGCUGUGCAAGCUGAUCAACAAGCUGGCGCCCGGCUCGGUGAAGAAGAUCCAGGAGCGUGGCACCAACUUCCAGCUGAUGGAGAACAUCCAGCGCUUCCAGGCGGCGAUCAAGAAGUACGGUGUGCCGGAGGAAGAGAUCUUCCAAACCGCCGACCUGUUCGAGCGCCGCAACAUCCCCCAGGUGACGCUCUGCCUGUACUCGCUCGGCCGCACGACCCAGAAGCACCCGGAGUACCAGGGACCAACGCUCGGACCGAAGAUGGCGGACAAGAACGAGCGCACCUUCUCGGAGGAGCAGCUGCGGGCCCACCACGGCGAGCUGAACCUGCAGAUGGGCUACAACAAGGGCGCAUCGCAGGCCGGUUGCGGUUCGUUUGGCAACUCGCGCCACAUGUAAAUCGCCACACAGCGCGCGCCGCGUGACGUUGCGUAUGUGUGCAGGAUUCCGCCCCUUCCAGCCAGCCAGGAGGGGUUCACCAAACCAAAACAAACAAACAAAAAAAAAACAAAAAAAAACCAAACAACAGUGUCCGCCGCCGGGUGCCUGCCGGUGCGGUGUUGUUGCCGCGCUAUCUGUGCUAUCUGUCCCCGUCUGUGCGCUUAUUAGGCAGAUGUAGAUUAUUUAUUUUUUUGUUUUUAGGUGUUAACGUAACGCGUGGAACGUCCAGAGUAGAGAGCAGCGGAGGGUGAGGGGGGCUUUCAUCCUUAAACCACCCAUACACAUUCACAUUGAAGUAAUCACUCUCUUUUCAUGGCGAAACAAAAAAAAACAAACAACAUACACACAUACAGCUACACAUAUUUAUGCAAAUACACAUCCCGCAGC